UCGGAACAUUCAUCGCGUGCCUUUUCCUUCCUGGACUGGCGACUACGCCACUGACGGCACCUUCAUAUUUACCAACCCAUCUCGUCGUGGAUGUAUCAGGCGCCCGUCAACGAGCCACUGCCAUCGCUUCACUCGUCUUUGGAACGAAACACCCGUCCUUGGAAUAUCUGCCCCUCGCAGAAGAAUGGGAAGCCCCAUCGCAUCCAACAUCAUUACUAGGGCCAGCUAUAAAACAGGAGCAGCCACCAGUGGCACUUUGUGGGCUUGGCGGCUUUGCCACUGCGCAGGCCACUAAUCCUUUCGUCUUCGUAAUGCAGGUUGGUGAACGUUUCAGCCUCUUUGCUAAAAAGUCUAACAACUACUUCUUAGUACAGCUGCCAAGCCCACAGUGCCUUAACGCUGUUCUUGCUGAUUGUUUUCAUGUCGUUUUUUCGCUGUUACUCCUACUUUCCGGUGAUAUAGAAACUAACCCCGGUCCGGAUAAUGCAGCUAUCCUCGCAGAGCUAAAGAAGAUAUCUACUGGCCAGUCCAAGCUUAUUUCUGAGGUUCAAGAUCUGAAAUCUCAGUUAUUAGCGACAGACAGAAAUGUAUCUGACCUCGGCAAACGAAUGGCCGUACUUGAAAGCCAUUACGAAAGCCUUAAAACACUUAAAACAGACACAGAAGUUCUCCGCGCCGACGCAACUAAAGCUACUCGCUUAAUUUCAAAACUGGAGGCACGUUUUGAUGAUGCGGAAAACAGAACGCGACGGAACAACUUGGUAUUCUACGGUAUCCCUGAAACUACACCUGAAUCGUACGCACAAUCAGAACAACUUAUCAUUAAACAUUGCCGCGAGCAUUUAGAUAUACACAUCGACACAAAAGAGAUAGAGCGCGCCCAUCGUCUCGGACGUCAUUCGAACGACAAACCCCGUCCAAUAAUAACAAAAUUCACAUUUUUCAAAACAAAAGAAACUGUCCUGUCGAGCGCCCGGAAACUAAAAGGUACCAAUUAUAGUAUUGGCGAAGAUUUUUCUCGUGCAGUUCGAAUUGCUCGCAGCCAGCUCGUUGCAUUUGCCAGAAAGCAAUCUGCCCCAUUUAAUCUGCGCUACAAAACAUUGCACAUCGGACCGAAGCGCUACGUGUUUGAUAGCGUAUCUGAAACUGUAAGAGAAGUGCUAUAGCAAUCGUCCACACGGAAAAAUGUGAUUACCCGCCCCCAAACCAUGCCAAGGAAUAACCUUUCAUUGUCUGUCAUAUUCACAAAUAUUCGCAGUUUCCUACCUAAGCGUGAACUCGUGUCUAACAUCAUGAUUUCUUCAAACAGCAGCAUACUUAUACUAACCGAAACGUGGCUUACCCCUGAUGUCACUGAUACAGAAGUACUUGCCGACUUGGCAGGUUUCCAAGUUUUCAGAAAUGACCGCAGAUGCACUCGAGGGGGCGGUGUCUUGAUUGCUGUGGGCCCCAA